CUUCAUAUACCAUUAGUUGUAUGCCGUCUUGGUAGUGAUAAUGCUAGAUUUGUCGUCUCCAGUUUUUAUCAUGUAAUCUUAAAAAAACCCAGGAUUAGACCACUAAAUAAUCUAGAAUUAUGGUAUGUAAAAGAGUUGAAUGAUGAUUUAACAAAAGGAAUGAUUAGUGACUUUGGUCUAAGUGAAUUACUAUUACAAAACAAUGAUUUUUUCAAAGAAUUUGAAAAUUUCUGUAUGGCUGAUAAAUUGUCACAAGUUGAAAGGCGUUUCACCAAAUUAGAUCUGAAAACAUAUUCAAAUAUGUCAUUAUUAAUCAAGCAGUCUAAACUUCAUUUAUCCUCUAACAAAAUUGAUAAGAAAAUUUAUCAGAAG